UGCAACUUCACACACAGAAAUACUCCCUUAUGCCCCAGGACGCUUGCAGAGUUGGCCUGAUGUCUUCCCAGUUCCUCAAUUUUCUUAUGAUGUCGAGCACAGCCUCAAUGGUGGAAAUAUGGCCUAUCAAAACAGUGGAAAGUUCUUAAAAUUAACUAAAGGCCAAAAACACGACAUUCUAGAAAAUAUGGCCAAGGCAAUGCACAGCUUUAAGGCUUACCCCAGCGACAAAGAAGUAGCUAAAGCAGCUGAGGCUCUUAUUUCGAAGCACCCCUGCCUCACAGAACCAGGAAGUCAAUGUGGAUGGUAUGGCUGGAAGACAAGUUUAAAGUUUAAAAUGGGCAACUUUCGCAAAAAACUCAGCAGAUCUGGCUGUGAAGAGGUGGCUGUUAACUGGGGGAAGAGAAGCCAAAAUAAUCCAGAGAGGGAGUCUCCCCACUCCAACAUCAAAAGAGCUCGUCGAGCUGAGGUAAACUACCUACCAAAUUUUCCAAAAGGAGAGAGUGCUGAAAGCUUGGAACAACAAAGAUUGCAAAUAGUUGAGGAAGUGUCUAAGACAGAAAGAAGUCUUGGGCUGAUAGAGAGACUCAUGCAAAGUACAUUUGCUCUGCGUCGCAAACAGAUCAUUGUAGAUAACCCAUCACAACCAGUGAAGGACUUUUUGGAAAAGUGGCCUGCACUUCGUUUGGAAUCUCAGAUUGCUGCAGAAUUCCACAGAAUUACUAAUAUCAGCUUGAAAAACAAGUUCUAUGCAGAGCUGGACAACCAUACUCCUCGACUGAUUGCUGUUUACAGGCAGAAGGCUGCCCGUACAGGCAAGGCAGCAGAAGCACUGAGAAGCAUCUGUAGUGCCUAUAAUCUUACGGUGAAUUUUGUUAAUUACAUUUAUAGUACAAGUUAAUUGGUUAAUGUGCACAAGUUUUUUACUGCUAUCUGGUAAUUGUUUAAACCUGACUUUGAACUUUUUUUGCUUUAAA